AUGCCUUUUAUCUAUUCGCCUGACGCAUCUACCUCCAAACGCCCAGGCUUUGCUGCAAAGCUUGCGCUGCAUGCAGUAGCAGCAGCAACAGCAACAGCAGCAGCAGCAACAGCAGCAGCAGCAGCAGCAGCUUCCUGUCUGCCUCUGCUGCGCCGCUCCAAGCACUCCCAAAGCCCGCGACAAUACCCCCCAAAUGCACAAAAAGAAGAAGAAGAAAUAAUAUGUCUUUCUGCAAGAGAAACGAAACAAGGAGAGCCUACAAAGAAGAAGCAGCAGCAAACAAAGCAGCAGCCCGACAACCAGCAACGUGCAGCAGCAACAGGAGCAGCAGCAGAAGCAGCUGCAGCGGAUUCAUCUGCUACUGCGAAACUAAAAGAAGAAACAGCAAAAGAUGCAGCAACAGCUGCAGCAACAGAUGCAGCAGCAACAGAUGCAGCAGCAAUAGCUGCAGCAAUAGGUGCAGCAGCAAUAGCUGCAGCAACAGAUGCAGCAGCAAUAGCUGCAGCAACAGAUGCAGCAGCAACAGCUGCAGCAACAGAUACAGCAGCAACAGCUGCAGCAGCAACAGCUGCAGCAGCAACCGAUGCAGCAGCAACCGAUGCAGCAGCGACCGAUGCAGCAGCAACCGAUGCAGCAGCAACCGAUGCAGCAGCGGCCGAUGCAGCAGCAACCGAUGCAGCAGCAACAGAUGCAGCAGCUGGGGUGUAUAUACGGUGUGAGUCUGCCGUCAUAGACAAGACAGUGCAGCAAACCCCUACAACUCACGCUGCUGCUGCUUCUUCCUUGUCUGAGAAGCAGCUGAAGCAGAAACAAAAAGAAGUGCUGCAAUACAUUGCAAAGCUGCCUGCUAAACUUGUUGCUGCACAAAGAGCAGCAGCAACGCUGCUGCAGCUGCUGCUGCAGCGAGCGCAGGAAGCAGCUCGGGUCAAGAUAGCAGCAGCAGCAGCAACAGCAGCAAACUAA